AUGGUUGGUCAGGCAGCCAUGCGAGGCCAGCGUGUAGUGGAGAGCGAGUGCAGGUGUUGGAACCCGGCCGUCUGGCUCCUGGUGUCUCUGCUGGGAACACUGGUCCUGGUGGCCCUCAGUCUACUGCUGCGACUCGGUGAGUGUGCAUCUUUUAUCUUUAAUCUUUAUAUUUGAUGAAGGUGCUAUGUUACAUUAUCUCCUUAUUGCUACAUGUCUAAAACUUAAGCAAAUCUAACAUUGACAAUGAAAUAAUGGUUUAAUAAUAGUGUCCACAUUUCACAGCACUAUACAUCUUACUUGCCCGGGUUUACAAUCAACAAAGACUAGAAAUAUAAAUAAAUAUCCACCCCUGUCAGUUGGAGAGAUUCUCAUAGUAACAAACUGCCCUAUUCAGUGUUUUGACCUGUUUUAAUUGUCAACAUCUUGCUGAAUAAUAAACAACUGUAAUAUUAGUUCCACUCAAACAGUUAGUGCCAGUAGCAGCCAUAAUAAAUCUACAAUGAUAGCACAUUGCAAAUAUCUGUUAGGACAGCUUAUAAUUGAGGCACAUUGACAUACGGGGCAUCACAAUCACUGUAACUCUGAUUUAGUUAAGAUUUGGCUCCUAUUAUGGCAUCCUUAUCACAUCCUCGCAAAAACAAGUAUAAGCUCAAAUAUUAGAUUUCAAUUUAACAAAAUGGGCUACGUUUCAAUUUGUUAGCUAAACUUGUGAACAGGGUGAGCUUGCAGGCUGCUUGUCUAAAAAGUCAGAUGAAAAUUAAUGUAAGAUAUGUAUUUUAGAGUGAAAUGUUUCAGCUUUAUUGAUUUUCAUUGUAUCAGCAAAGUCAACAAUGUGCAAUUUUCAUGCAACUGUGAAGCUCUCUUUAAUACCAUCUAUUUUUGCCAUCCUGAAAGCUAUCAGUAUAGUGGUUGAGCUCCAUAAUAGCAACAAUUUUCUUUGAGAGCAUAGUUAUGACCAAAUGAUGGAGAAAAGCUGUUGAAAAGUGAUGCUGCAGCACUGAUUCACCUCCUUUUUGUAUCAAUCAUGCUUUGCACAGUGCAAUGGUUGCUUGCAUCAAUAGACGCUUGCUGUGACAAAACAAAUUAACUCUCUUUUUAUUUUUUAUUGGCAUAUUGGUUACAGCAUUGUAAGAUACAGGAUACAGCUAACUUUUAAUACUACAAAAAAAGUAUUUUAGGUGUCUUAUACACCAAACUUUACUUUGAGAGGGACACAGGACUUGCUCAAUUUGUGAUAUCACUGAUUGGUGGCCCUCCCUAAAAAGAGCACUAUAAAUGUGAGGCUACCAAACGGAAAUGUCCCACAGUGUUCUUUAUUGCUGCUAAAUUCUUUACUGUUCCCUCCCCGAACUUCCCAUACCCGAAGUCCCAAUCAGGGUCCCAAACAUAGGACCAUUCAUAAUGAGGAGUAUCUCAGAGAGAGGCUGAGUGAGGUUUUUCAUGACACCAGCCUGAGAUACAUGAAGAAGUUUAUACAGAUGUAAGUAAUGGCAGGUUAGGUAUUAGGGUGACAAUAUGAACCCUAAAAAUAAGUAUGACACCCACUCUUUGAGCUUUAGGUCUUUGCUGUCACUUACAUUUGUUUUCACAUUGCCCUUAUAUAAUCAAAUCUUUCUUUGUGUUAAAGAGGUCCGAACAGAAAAGUUUGAAGUUGUUUCUCCUCUUGUCUGUUCAUAGAGCAAGCAACUCUGGACAAUACUAACAUUUUUUGUAUUCAUCUUUUAGGAGACGUGAAAAUCAGCAGACGAGCUGUACCAUGUAAGUAAUCCCAUCUUAUUUCCCUUACUCUCCUGAACACCUUGUCCAACCAAACCAGGAUGAAACCAGCACUCAACACCAUUCACAGAUGUAUUACCAACCCCUUAAGCUAAAGCAGGAAGCUGUAUAUGUAAUAUACAUGUUGUAUUGUUACAUACAAAUAGGAGACGCUUGUCUUGACCUAGAAUGGGGUGUGACGUUAAGUCCCUGUGGUGUCGUUUUGAAUUCUCGAAACCCGAGACUUUAUUCUUCAGGUGUCAGACUGACCUGCAAACAGGUCCAGAUUCUUCUAGCGUGACUCUUGGGAAAGUAUGUGUUACAUCAACAUGUCUGAGGGGUAACAAACUGUACAAAAACAACAAGUCAGAUUUACCAUGUGAACCCUCUGUGUUUUGCAAAUCAGAACCAUCCCCAUUUUGUUUUUUUUGUUUUUUUGCACCAGUGGUGACCAAAUUUCUAUGACAGGUUUGAUACCACUCACCGCUGAGUAAAGAAAUUAUUUAGUCAUGACAGCUUGUCAAUUACAGGUAGCCAUGGCCAAAAAGCUUGCCUUACUUUAUAACCUUCAUAAAUCUAAACUGGGAAAAAAAAAAAAAAAAAAAAAAAAACAUUGUUACCUAUCAUUGCAUGCUUAUAUUUUCAUUUUUGGCUGUCUCUGCAUUGUCGUGGACUGCACCAACGGUGGGAAUGGCAACUUUUAGCCGAGCCCAUGUAUAGGCUAGACAAAAGAGGAAGAAUCUUGGAGUCUUUGGAAAUGCUUACAACUGCUUACAAGUCAUGUUUUGAGCUAAAUGUGAAUAUCAGCAUGCUAACAUUUUUAUGGUGGGAAUGACAGCUAAACAAUGUAAAAUUUGAUCAUGAAGGAAGUAUACCAAAAGCCACAAAUUCCUGACAUUUGAUGGUGUCAGGUGAAGAUUCAGGAUGUCUUUCCUUCUGCUAAAACCAGUUAGGAUUAAGCUAACAUGAUUCAUUGUUCCUGCACUACAAGGUCUGAGUAUUCCUCCUGUUGCUGUUUUAAUCUCUGUCUAGUGUUACAGAAAAAUAGACAAAAAGUACAGUUACAUUCAGAGGCCAAGAGCCUCAUUUCAGCAAAUAAUCUUACCAUCCUCUCCAUCCCUCUCUCCCUCUUUUUACAGCCACAGAUGUACAAACCCCUGUGACGACACCAUUCCAAGGUAAGACAACUACAUGCACCCCCAGCUCUACCCCCCACACUCACCCUGACACCCAUGAAGAAAAACAUGCCCUCAUCCAGGCCACAGACUGAAAACUUAUCAGUGGCUGGCUGUGUGUCACUAAGAGGAGAGUGCAGGAGGCAGAUCAUUGCCUGAGGCUUUUUAAAACAAGGUCACUUUCCCAGCUCUCCAUUUCCCUAAUCCCCACUUAUUUGCUGUGUAACAUCCCACCCACCUGCAUCCUUCUCACUUGCAUCCAAGGAGUCAUGUGGCCUAUUGUGUCCACAGUGAUUGUUUUGCUUGCUAUUUACUGUCAGUUUAAGUAUACCAUAUCUCUUUGGGGUUUUUUUUCCUCCUCAAAAUCAGUGUUAGAUUUCUGUAUGUGUCCUUCAACACUUAAAAACAGUGAUAACGACAUGAGGUUCUUUUAUCUGUUCUAAUACACCUGUAAAUUUUCAAGUCUAGGCUAUCUGUGGAUAAAAUCUUUCAUAUCUAAUAGAAAACAACACAUUUCUGUUGACUGCAUCGGCUCUCUUCAUCUUCACUGUCUGGGGGUACCACAGGGCUCUGCUUUUGAACCAGUUCCCUUCCUAUUGGCCUCUUUCACACAUUUCCUAUUAAGGGAAAUUUUAGAAGCAGUAUUUUUUAAGGUUCCUCUUUAGCACAUGCCCCUCAAGCAUAAAAUUUUCAAAACUGUAUGGGGAAUGUAGAGGGCAAGGACAGAGAUAGGCUGGAGUAGGCAGAACAUGACCUCAAACAAAACACCAGUGACCAUUGCUACGACCCUUUUUCAUGUAGCAAUGCUAUAUGAAAAUGACUCUUAUUUUUUUUUUUUACCUUUGUAUGUUUUUAUUCAUCCUGUAAAGUGUCAGUGCUCCAGUUUACACUGGUUACAUGGAAUAAACACCUCCCCUCAGCCUGCUUGCACAAAUAUUUCACCUCAACUCCCUCUUAGGGAAAUUUUAUUAGACAGCUGGCUUGAAAAAGUUUGUGUAAAUUCAAGACGUUUUGUGGGUCUGUGAAUAAAAAUUACAUAAUAAAUGAAAGACUAAGCUAAUGCAUGUUUAGAAAUUAUUUCUGAAUAUAUGAAUACAUUGCAGUGAUCUUCAGCUACAAGUGCAGGUUACAUGGUGUAAGCCUCAUGUUCCGAACCAGCCUUUGAAAUCAUAUCCGAUAAAACUGAAAAAAAAAAACAACAACAACAACAGCUGACAUUUACAAAACAAUGAGUUGCCUGGCAAACAAAAGCAUGAAAGUCCUCCCCCACUUGUAUCAAAAACAGAAAAUGUAGUAGUGAAGAAACAUGUACAGAAAACUGACUCUGACUGAUGUAAAUAUGCUUUUCUCUCCAAAGUACAACUCGUAAAUGGACGUAACAGGUGUGAAGGCAGAGUGGAGGUGUUCUACAAUGACUCCUGGGGCACGGUGUGUGACGAUGAGUGGGACAUGGUGGAUGCAAAUGUGGUGUGUCGGCAGCUGGACUGCGGAGUGCCUGUGGGAGUGGGCAGUAGCUCUAAGUUUGGACAAGGCACAGGACUCAUCCUGCUGGAUAACGUGGACUGCACAGGAAGAGAAACAGACCUCAGCCAGUGCCAGAGUCUUGGCUGGGGUGUCCACAACUGUUACCAUUAUGAGGAUGUGGGUGUUACCUGCAGAGGUGAAGCAUUUUAUGCAACUUAUUUUGUUUGACAUAAUGAUAAAUCUUCUGUCAAGUUAAAAAAACCUGUAGAAACAGAAAACAAAGUGAUUAAUUUAUCUUACCUCCUUACCUCAUUUUGCUGCCAGGAGCAGCAGGCCUGGGGUUACCAGGGCCUGAGGAUCCCACCACGCCGCCUCAGGACAACUCUGGUUUGAGUGAGUGUUUCCUGCUUUUAUCUGAAUGAGACAGGUCCACUGCCAAACUGAUGUCAGGGGGACCAAUAUGGUCUCUUUGAAGAGACACAAAAGGGACAAAUGCUGCAAUGUCUCUCUGAUAAUAAGAAUUAGACUGUUACACUGCAAAGUCAGAAAGCUAAGCAAAUAUUUUUGUCUCGUAUCAAAUAAUAGUAUCCUAUUCAACUUGAUUUAGGCCACAAACACCUGACAAAUCCUGAAAACUGUCUUAUUCCAAGAGAUAACAAGCAAUAAGGAUCUGAAUUACCUGUAAUGGCUGAAACUAUCUGCCUUAAGGCAAGCAAAAUUUAUCUGAGUUAUAACUUUGAAGUUUUGCUCCCCCAUUGUUAGAUUUCUUGUUUACUAAUCACAAGUUAUUCAUGUCUAUUUUUUUUUGGUUUGUAAUAUGUUGAAAUAAGAUUUAUUUUGGGUUCACACGUGUUCAUCUACCCUUUUCCAUAAUAGCAUUAAAAAUUGUAGUAAUGUUUGUUAGACCACAGAGAAUCCUGAGAACUGUACAAUAUAUGCAGAGGAAGAGAGCUCACAGCUGCUCUGUGCAGAUCUCUUUGUGCUUUAGGAUCAGAAUUAAUUUAAAUACAUUUUAUAGACAGGUGAAAUGAUAGAUUUGGGUGAAAAUGUCAGGCCAGCUUUGACAAACAAGGAAUAAUAGCUUACUUAAAAUGGCAUACAUGGCAUUGUUUAUUUCUAAAAUUAUUGUUUAUAAAGAAAUAACAUUGAGUGCAUAUCAGAGAUGUAUUUUUAGGUCUUAAAUAAACAAUUUUGACACAAUACGAAAGUCUGUUAAAGGCAGUGGACAGUAUCUGAGGACAUCUCCAGCUUCAAAGGGACUCACACACCUCUUGAAUUGCAAGCUGCUCAUAUUGUUUGCUGGAUUUGCCUUUGUUGAAGCCUCCGCUUUCUUUCUUUCAUUAAUUCCCAUGGGGGUUAUGAGAGACUUGGACAGAAUAAAGUUUGGUAAACCUUUCACGUACUCUGCUAUUUCCCUUGAGGCCUUGAAAAAAAAUUGGUGCUAGAGGCCAAAGAGAUUCAUACCAUUCAGGUGAGAUGUAUUUUUAAGUGACGGACACAUGAGAGUGUCUUUUGUUUCUCUGAGAGGGUGUGUUUUUGUCUGGAUGAUGGCGUAACAUGACAACAUUUCUGCUUAGAGCAGUGUCAGAUUCUCACCUGAACUCUCCAGGAUUAGUUUUUGUUGGGAGCCACAGUUUGAAUCAUGUUGCUCUCCACCCAUCUUAGGUUUUGUGUGCCACACACCCACACACAAGUACUGACAUGUACAUUUUCUUCUGACGACCCAGAACACCAGCACAUUUCAGAUAUGAUAUCAAUAAAGAUUAAAAUAUAUAAAAAUCCAAAUAAAGUUUAAGAGAAAAUGUUUUCAUCAGUCACUGUAACUUCCUCUCCUUCUCGGUUUAGGAGAUGGCGUCAUCCGCCUGAUGAAUGGACAGAACUCCUGCCAGGGCCGUGUAGAGAUCUUCUUCCAGGGACAAUGGGGGACAGUGUGUGAUGAUGAGUGGCUCUAUGAAAACGCUAUGGUAGUGUGCCAUCAAAUAGGGUGUGGCAGAGCUGUCUACGCAUACACAAAUUCUUACUUUGGCUACGGGACUGGACGGAUUCUCCUGGACAAUGUCAAGUGCCAAGGAUAUGAACCAGAUCUGUUUACAUGCCAACACCUGGGCUGGGGGAACCACAACUGUGGCCACCAUGAAGAUGCAGGAGUCACCUGCACAGGUAUGUGUAAUUCAGUUUAAAAUGCAUAAAUCUUUUACCAUAUUCACUCAUCAGCUGUUUCUGUUUUGCUUAGUGCAAGAGGCUUCAGAGCUUAUGUAUUGUUAGCUGCUUUUUUACAUGUUUCAAAUCAUACACUCGUCAGUAAUCAGACAUUUGUCUCAUUUUAUUAAAGCUCAAUCAAUAAGCAACUGUCAAAUAUCAAUUCUAAAAAGACAGAGGAACUCUGAACUAUGUAACAAGUUAAAAAAAUGUCUGACAUUUAUAAGCUAACAGCAGCCAGCUCUUGCCAUUUGCAGUAAUAAAAAUCACAAAAUAUUAAGAAAACAGGAUAGUGAUGUAGGCUAAGAAGCUGUUAAGGGAUUGUGAGCUGUAGUCCUUUUUUUUCCAAAUAUAAGUUAUUUGGGGGCUUUCACUGCCAUCAUUGAGAGAUAAACAGUGGAUAGAGUAGGGAACUAUGAAGACAGAGGGAUAAACAAAUGGUUUAAGCUAAACUUUGGCCCUUGUUUGCUAUUGCCUUUCCUGGCUAACUGGUUUAAAUAUGUUAGCAUUGUUGGUUUGCUACAAUGACCACCAGUCGUGGAUUAACAUAUUUUAUGUUGUGUAAAACUAGCAGGUAGAAAGGUAAGUUAGGAAAAGGUAAACAGAUUCACUAUCACCUCUUAAAUUGUAGCUAACAGGCUACCAAACGUGUUGCUUUACCUUGACCAGACGUGUCUCUGUUUGUUCACCAACAAUCCUCUUUUUAUUGAGCGAUUACAUUCAUAAACUAUGUAUUAUUGUUUAACACCAGAUUAGCACCAGAGGUAGCUAGCUAGCUAAUGAAUGUACAAUAUUGUUUAGUGGACAUAGUGGCACUAAUAAAUGACAGAAACCCAGUCAGGACUUCUCCCAUCAUCAGUAAGAUAAAUAACAGCGCAUUUAGAGUCUAUAACAUAUCAAUACUGACAUUUAGACUCGUUUUAUGUACACAAUGCAUGGUUCAUUAUGGCUGCCCAAUCAAGUAUAUAUAACUUGCUAUUGCAUUUGUGUUUAUAGUGGUUACACUUGCAGCAAUAAAAAUACUGCAGGAAGAGAUAUUAACUUGUGGUUAUAAUCAAACAACCCUUCAGUCAGUGAUGAGUUAUAUUGACAAAGUGAGCAAAAAGAGAUUAUAAUCAUAGUAAUAUAGUUCUGGGAUCUGUGUUUCUAUCAGUCUAACAGUCUGACAAUCAAUCAAACAAGUGAACAAACCAACAAACAAACAAUUAAAACAACAUGAUCCCAACCCUAUAAUCUAUGUAAAUGGAAAAAAUGAAAUAAAAAAAAGAAUAAAAGACUGGAUGAAAGCAGGCAAGAAACUGCGACAAGUCUGUCAUGAAACCUUACUUAGAAAACACUGAAGAUGAAUUUUACUAAAAUUAAUCACCAAAACACACUCUCUAGAAAAAAUAAUAAUGAUAAAAAAGAAAUAUAACCCAUAUGUAUGUAUGUAUGUAUGUAUGUAUAUAUAUAUAUAUAUAUAUAUAUCAAGACAUGACUAAAACUUGUUAAACGUUACAUAAGAUAAAGCAGAAAAUAUAACGGUUAAAAGCUAGAUGAAAAAAGUUAGUUUGGGUGUGUUUUUUUUACAAGAAGCAGCUGUAAUAAGUCGUGCCAUAGUUUGAAGAUUGGCUUGUUGCAUAUUCUCCUCUCCUCUAUCUCCAGGGGUCUCUACUGUAGCUCCUUCAGUGACUGAACUCAAGAGGAACUGGGAAACAUACAACACUGAAGGUAAGCAGACACAGUACAUAACACGUUAUUAUGUGCAAAAAAAGAACACUUUGAAUCUUAGUGCUUCGGAUGGAUAGAUAUUUGUAGUACAUGGAUGUAAUACUGACAAAUGACCAACAGGGGGAGCCAUUUCUUCCCCAUGGAUUUUUUUUAGCUUUGACCCAGCAUAUGUGUUCAGUAUUGCAACUGCUUUCAUCAUGAACAUGUAGUCAGUCUUAUUGUAGCAUCAAGUCGUUUUGUCAUGUCUGAAAUAUUUCCUCCAGCUACAGAAAAUGUCCCAGUCACUGAUCCUCCAACAACAACAACAACAACAGCUGUGACCACAACAGCUCAGACAAAAGGUAAAAGCAUGCUUUUAAAUCAUAAUAAAAACAGUAUAUUUUCAUAUUUGAUCAAGCCUUAAAUAGAGCCCUCAAAGUGAUGCAGUAUUUAUCUCUGUGCAGGCAAACCAUCCAUUCGUGUGAUGAACGGUAACAGCAGCUGCCAGGGUCGUGUAGAGGUCUUAUUCAGAGGACGGUGGGGGACAGUGUGUGAUGAUGGCUGGGACAUGGCCAACGCCAAUGUGGUGUGCAGGAUUCUUGGCUGUGGCCCGGCUAUCGCAGCCACAGACAAGGCUCACUUCGGCUAUGGUUCUGGCCCCAUCCUGCUGGACAAUGUGCAGUGUAAUGGCUAUGAACGGGAUCUAUUCCAGUGUGACAACCUGGGCUGGGGUCAGCACAACUGUGGCCAUCAUGAGGAUGCUGGAGUUAUCUGCUUACGUAAGUCCUCUCUUACAUUAAAGCAGGCUUCAUUAGACAUAUACUUCUAGUUAGCAAAAGCACAAAACUGAGCAGUAUAGACGGGAGUGUCUGUAUCACAAACCUCUGUCUAUAGUCAUCAGUUCCACUGAACGCUCCCUUUUCAUCCAGUCAUGUGUACCCGCCCUGCUGAGCUGGCCGGUUUCGGUGUAUGACUGUAGUACUCUGAGGAGGAGGAGGAGCAUAAAAAAUACAGUGGAUGAGUCAAGGCACAUCAGCGUCACAGCAUGCCUGCUGGCUAAAUUUCACUUUUUAGAAGCUAAACCAAAAGCACACACGGGCUACCCUCUACCCAGAUUCAGGUUGAAAAUGUGAUGUUGACUUAUUUUCACAUUUUGCUUUUCAAAGUUUAUUUGACAGAAUAUUCUUUUUGUGACAGAGUCCUGCCAUGACAGAGGCAUAAAAUAGAAGAAGGACCAGCAACAGGAUUACAAAAAUAGAAAUUGCAUCAAACAAAAAUAAAGCUGUUCAGUCAAAGUGUACGUGCAUUCACUGGUCAAAUAAUCCUUAAUCCUGUUUUCAUAAUCUUUCAUGAUUCAUAAAACAAUCCAGUUUUUGGUGACUCUAUUUUUACAUAAUGUAUUUGUUUUUCACUGGUACCAGGUGGCCUAUAGGACUACACUUUUAUGCAUUUUAAUAAAGGCUGCAAGCCACAGUUUUUACAAGUUUGUUGCAGUUGAAAAAUAAAAAAUGUAUGAAAAUGUAAUGAGUCCGUAGAUGAACAUGGAGCAUCACUGUUUUUCCUCCUUCCUCUGCUUUCCCUAGCUUUUGAAUUCUAUGUUGGAUAUGGACGUGACUUCAAAGUAACAGAAACAAUACCCACCACCACCACAACCACUGCAGCCCCCACUGAAGGUAGCUUCAAUAUAUUUCCAACUUUUUAAAUCUCUUUUUUUCUCUCUUGGCUGCGUGACAUUUAGUCUAAUUGUUUUCUCUUUUUGCAGGAAUGGUGCGGCUGGUGGAUGGACAACACCACUGUGAGGGCCGGGUGGAGAUAUACUCUAACUCUGAGUGGGGUACAGUAUGCGAUGAUGCCUGGGACCUCCCUGACGCUCAGGUGGUGUGUCGCCAAGUAGGCUGUGGCGAUGCCACAGCAGCUAGGGGGGAGGCGUUCUUUGGACCCGGCACAGGAAUAAUCCAGCUGGACAAUCUCAAGUGCAGUGGUUCAGAGGCCAACCUGCAGCAGUGCUCCCAUAUAUCCUGGAAAGUGCACAACUGUGACCACACUGAAGAUGCUGGUGUCACCUGCUCACCGUCGUGA